AUGCGGACCACAAGAGCUCUUAUCCAGCUAGCUGCAGUAACAACAGCGGUGGUUGCUGCUCUUGGUCCCGGGGCUUUCCGGGGGUUCGGUGCACCCCACGCCCAAGACGCGAACGAGAGGGUUAACAAGAGAGCCGACGAACAUGAAUCGCCUCCGUUGCUUCUGAACGAUUUGACAAAACAGUUCCUGGUAGAUAGCUCCGCACUGCCAGAGUUUACAUUCGAUUUUGGAGAGUCAUACGCCGGUUUGCUACCAAUAUCGUCCAAUACGUCCGAUAUCAAUAGGCUGUGGUUCUGGUUCGUACCAUCAACCAACCCAGCAGCCACGGAUGAGAUUUUGGUCUUCUUCGACGGCGGUCCGGGAUGCUCAAGUUGCAUAGGAAUGUUCUAUGAGAAUGGCCCUUUCCUGUGGCAGGAUGGAACCUUGGCCCCCGUUCAGAACCCGUGGGCAUGGACCAACCUCACCAACGUCAUGUGGAUCGACCAGCCCGUCCAAACCGGAUAUUCCACCGGCAUCCCAACAAUCUCCACCCACGAGGAACUGGCCGACCAGUUUUUGGGGUUCUGGAAGAACUUCGUCGACACAUUCGGCUUCCACGGCGCGGAUGUGUACCUAGCGGGCCAGAGCUACGCCGGGCGCUACCUCUCGUACAUCGGCUGCGCCAUGCUCGACCGGAAAGACACCACCUAUUACAACCUGCAGGGAACCAUGUUCAUCAACGCCCUCAUUGCCGACCAUACGGUGCAGCAGCACAUCGGCAUCGUGCCGUACGUGGACUACUGGAAUAUCUUUCUCGGCCUUAACGACACCUUCAUGGACACUAUCCGCUACGCCUCAAGAGCCUGCGGUUCCGAUGAUUACCAGAACACCCACCUCGUGUUCCCCGGCAACAAGACGGCGAGCAGAGAUCUGCCCUCGGUGGGGACCUACGAGUACCACGGCGUGGAGCGGGCCUGCGGCGGUCUGACCCACGACAUCAUCACGGCGCUCACGGCGCUGAACCCGUGCUUCGACAUCACGCACAUAUCCAACUACUGCCCGUUCCUGUACAGCCCCAUCGGGGUCCCAACCUUCAUCGAGUCGCUCGUAGACGAGAGCGAGGGCCUCGGCAGGCGAGCCGCUGCGUACUCAGGCCCCUACCUCAACCGCGACGACGUCAAGGCCGCCCUACACGCCCCGCCGCACAAGGUCUGGGUCGAGUGCGACCAGACGGGCGUGUCGCUAUACGGCAACACCAUCACGGGCCGGCAGCCCGUCAGGGAGAAGCUGCCGAGGCUCAUCGAGCGCAGCCGGCGCACCAUCAUCGUGCACGGGUCCUUGGACAUGAAGGUCACGGUGAACGGGACGCUCAUGGCGCUCCAAGGGAUGCACUGGGGCGGGGCCCGGGGCUUCUCGUCGCCGCCCAACGAGACCUUCUACGUGCCGGCCUUCUCCGAGCGAUCCGUCGGCUCCGUCGCGCCCAGGGGCAUCUCGGGCAGGAUGAUCACGGAACGCGGCCUCACGUUCGUGGAGGUGUAUGGGGCGGGCCACGAGGUGCCGCGGUACUCGCCUUCGGGGUCCUAUCGACACCUGGAAUUCCUCCUUGGGCGGGUCGAUAGCAUGAGCGAUGAUGAUCCGUUCACCACGGACCCGAAUUAG